AUCACGCCAAUUCUCAGCAAACCCACAAACUUUAUCGCACAAUGGCAGAACCGACAGCAAACGGCACACCGCCUGCGAAUGGUGAUAUCGAGAUGAAAGAGGAACAACCCGCAGAAACACCUUUGAACACUAUUCAACAAGCAGACCCGACAGACCCGAACCCUCCGCCGCAGCGUUGGACCGACCAAUCGCUGCAACCCCACGGACCUCCCGAUCAUCUUGCGAGCAUCGCGCCAGGCGUGGCCACUCCUCCAGCAGGCGCAACAACGCGGCCAGGUUCAAUGCCUCCUCAACCUUCAGCCCGGCCAGAGAAACCAGUCGCGCAUGGUGGUCCAACCAGGCAAUAUCUCAAUACAAAUGUCACGCCGCACUUGCUCGAAGGAAUGAAGUACUUGGCUGUCUACGAGCCCGAGAAGCCGCUCGAAUGGCUGUCGAAUUUCUUGAAGGAAAGGAGCAAGGAGGUGGAAGGUUGAGAGCUGCGCAGUUGGAAUAGCACAUGGCUCGAAAGGCAGAUGGAAUAGGUUUCUCGUCUGCGCACGCAUCGUGCGCCUGCUUAGAACGAGCAAGAGAGGAAGAGCGCUUCCUGCGCAUAUCGUUUCGCUGUGGCAAUGCUUUGGCGACACGCCCUGGACGCCUCGAACACGCCGUUCGACCCUGCCCUUUUGCAAGAUAGACCUACACGGCGUACGCGAGGACAGCGCUAUGAACAACGCAUGGGUUGCCUAAGAACAGCUGAGAACCAAUGAUCUCUCUGCUGGCCCUUUACAACGAGUGUUGGAGAGUUGCAGAUCUGUCUGUGCUGUACCAAUGAUACAUGCUUCAGGACCUGAGGAUUGAUCACCGCAAAGCUGAGUAGCACAUGCGCAGGGUACAGUAGCACGAGGCGAUCACGGCAGCUUCCGAAACAUCAAUUUCGUCGUAUGGCUCGGAACAGUACGGUGGUCAGACAUAUGCAAAUUGACUGCACCAGUAUGUCUCACUGUCUGCGCAGUGUGUGACAACUGUGAAGCAAAAGGCGUGCAGCGAGGUGUUGCAAGAAAGCAGGAAAAAUCAUGUUCAUCAUAAUCAAGUCGAACAAGCCUCGAUCCUAGCUGAAGUGGCUUGGCGGUACCGUAAUACAGGAUGCAAGCCAGCGAACAGUAUUUCUCCUUUCUGUCAAAAUCCAACAUCAAGUCGCCGAAUAUCAGCAUCCUUCGAUCAGCGUGUUGGAAAGUCCUACACCUGACGAAUGGCAUGCCCGACUUCCCAGCUUUUGGGACG